CGGACAAAAUGGCUCAGUGGCUGGCAGAGUGAAGUGAGAGGAGUCAUGGUCUUUGUCUAAACUUUGUAAAAUUUUGCCCUUAUUUCUUCUCUAACAUGUCAAACCCAACAUUUAGAACACGCAUAUCACAAUUAAGAAAGAAGAAAAUUACUAAAAAGAAAAUAGUGAGGAGAGGAAACCCGUUAAAUCGACGAAAUAAUGAUGAUGACUGUGAGGCACCUUUAGUUGCCGGGCGAUCAGCGCUGGCUCUCUUUGGGCUGGUUGGUGAAAGAGCAGCUGCUGCUGGUGGAGCUGGCCCCUCCUCUGCCCCUGCCGCCUCUUCCUCCACACAUCCCCACCACCCUCCAUACCACUUACGCCGCAAGUCCCCUACUCAUCCUGUCAGCCCACCAACCUCAUUAGGAGCUGGUGCAGCAGCAGCAUCUGUAGUAGCCACACCCCCUACAGCAGCAUCAGCAGGAGUAUCUGCUGCAACGGCUGGACUCCCCUCUCCAGCAACCACACCCGUUCUAUCACCUACUGCUGCCAUCACCGCUGCCACCACAUACAGCCCUUCCAUGCUACCUGCCCGCAAACGCCCCCGCAGAACAUAUUCUACAGGGGACUCUUCCACAGGGUUAGGUUGCAACACAUCAGCUGCACCACAUUACCUCUUGCACGAACUUCCUGAUGAGGUGCUAAUUACUAUAUUAUCCUACCUGUAUGAGAGAGACCUCUGUCGAGUAGCACAAGUCUGUAAGCGUUUCUACACUCUAGCAAAUGAUAACGAACUAUGGAAAAACCUUUAUCAGGGCUUAUACGAGUAUGACCUACCAUUGUUCAACUCUGCACCUUGCAAGUUUGAUUUUGUGCAACCUGAGGAUUGUGACUAUGAUAAUCCAUGGAAAGAGAGUUUUAAGCAGUUAUAUCAUGGUGUCCAUGUUCGACAAGGGUACCAGAAACAUGCAUCAAAGAUCACCGGCCGAUCUGUUACAUAUUUUGAAACCAUCCAGGUGGCUUAUGACUACGCCUGUGACUAUGCAGAAUGUCCGCUGGUGUUGAUCCACUCAGGUGUAUAUUGCGGGGAGGUCAUUGUCAUUGAGACUAACAUUGCCUUCAUUGGUGCAGCACCAGGAAAUGUAGCAGAAAAUGUGAUUUUAGAUCGUGAAAGUGAAUCAACAGUAAUGUUCAUGGAAGGAGCCCAGAGAGCAUACUUAGGCUAUGUAACCAUCAAGUUCUCCCCACCCAGCUGCACAGAUACUAUGCAGCACCACAAAAGUUAUGCAUUAGACAUUCAAGAGAACUGUUCCCCUACAAUAGAGCACUGCAUUAUUCGAAGUUGUUCCCACUUGGGUGCAGCUGUGAGUGUGAGUGGACCAGGAGCUGAACCAGUCAUACGCCACUGUGAAAUCAGCGACUGUGAAAACGUAGGACUCAUUGUGACAGACCGAGCACAGGGCCACUAUGAGGACAAUGAGAUCAGUCGCAAUGCCCUAGCAGGAAUAUGGGUCAAGAACUUUGCCAACCCAAUCAUGAGACGCAACCACAUCCACCAUGGGAAAGACGUGGGGAUAUUCUGCUUUGACGGUGGAUUGGGUUACUUUGAGGCUAAUGAUAUUCACAACAAUAGAAUUGCUGGUUUUGAGGUCAAGGCUCAAGCAAAUCCAACCGUGGUUCGAUGUGAAAUCCAUCAUGGCCAAACAGGAGGCAUAUAUGUCCAUGAACAAGGGAUGGGACAGUUCAUAGAGAACAAGAUCCACUCAAACAAAUAUGCCGGUGUAUGGAUAACUUCAAACAGUAAUCCAACAAUAAGGAAAAAUGAAAUCUACAAUGGUCUUCAAGGUGGUGUGUACAUAUUUGGCGAUGGAAGAGGACUCAUUGAGCACAAUAAUAUAUAUGGUAAUGCAUUAGCUGGUAUCCAGAUCCGCACCAACAGUGACCCCAUAGUGCGGCACAACAAAAUACACGAUGGACAGCAUGGAGGAAUUUAUGUUCAUGAAAAGGGUCAAGGUCUUAUAGAGUGCAAUGAAGUUUAUGCAAACACACUUGCUGGGGUCUGGAUUACAACAGGGAGUAGUCCAACAUUAAGGAGAAAUCAGAUCCACUCUGGUAAGCAGGUGGGUGUGUAUUUCUAUGACAAUGGCCAUGGACUGCUAGAAGACAACAACAUCUUUAGCCACUUAUACUCAGGAGUGCAAAUUAGGACGGGUAGUAACCCCAUCAUUCGGAGGAACAAGAUUUGGGGAGGCCAGAAUGGUGGGGUGCUAGUAUACAAUGGAGGAUUGGGAGUGCUGGAACAGAAUGAGAUCUUUGAUAAUGCCAUGGCAGGCGUGUGGAUCAAGACAGACAGCAAUCCUAUUCUCCGAAGGAACAAGAUUUUUGAUGGGAGGGAAGCAGGCAUUUGUAUAUUUAAUGGUGGAAGAGGUGUGCUAGAGGAAAAUGAAAUUUUUCGUAAUGCACAGGCAGGAGUCUUAAUAUCAACACAAAGUCAUCCCACUCAAAGCCAUCCAAGUCUGAGACGGAACCGGAUCUACGAUGGCUUAGCAGCAGGCAUUGAGAUCACCAACAAUGCCACAGGGACCUUAGAGUACAAUCAGAUAUUCAAUAAUCGUUUUGGAGGCCUAUGUUUAGCCUCUGGAGUGAAUCCAAUCCAAAGAGGCAACAAAAUUUUUGACAACCACGAUGCAGUGGAAAAGGCUGUGUCAAGUGGACAGUGCCUAUACAAGAUCUCGUCAUACACCAGUUUCCCGAUGCAUGACUUCUAUCGUUGUCGCACCUGCAAUACCACAGAGCGAAAUGCCAUAUGUGUCAACUGCAUAAAAACUUGUCAUAAUGGACAUGUGGUCGAGUUUAUACGUCAUGAUAGGUUUUUCUGUGACUGUGGAGCUGGGACUUUAAAUAAUCAAUGCCAGUUACAAGGGGAGCCAACUCAAGAUACAGACACACUCUACGAUUCUGCUGCUCCCAUUGAAUCACAAUCACUCAUGGCAGAAGUCUAACCAUUGCUCUUCUUCCUACUUCACCCUUCCCCACCUCAAAAAAAUACAAAAAACUUUAAAAUGUGAACGACUUGUACGUGAAAAAAGUUUGUUUAUAAAUCAGCAUCAUUAACCCACCAGCCUUCUUGAUCCUUAACCAGUAUUUAGAUAAGCAGUGUGCGUGUGUGUGUGUGUGCGUGGCCAUUUGGGAACCUCUGGCCUACCAACAUUGAACUGUUGUCAUAAAGGAAGCCCACCUUGUGCUGUGAUUGGUUCUCAUCAAUCUAUAGCCUUAACAAGACCAUUUAUAUGUCUGCAAGUGUUAGUUUGUAGACUUUUUGAUCUUGUGGACAAAUGUACAAUGCUAUAAUGGAUGAAUAGUGUGCCCAUACCUAAUCCUACAAAAUAUUUGAAAAAAAGAAAAGAAAAUAUGGACUGCAAUCAGCCAGGAAAGUGGAGACAGACAUUGUGGCUGAUUACGUGAACCUUAUCCAUCUUUCACAGUUAUCCUCAUUUUUCCAUAUUACGUAACGUUGUUGGUGUGUAUCACAUCACUCCUUACGGUAUGGUAACACCAACUAGUUGACAAAUGACUUCCUGCACAAGAUGGAAAUUAUUUUGUAGGUCAGUAUUGUUGAUAUACAUUGCAUAGAAACCCCAUUAUGGAUAAAUAUGCUUGUUUUUGAUUUUAAUACACAUAAUGUUAGAAAUUGGCACAAAAGAUAUCAGUGAAGCACAAGAAUGACGGUUCUCUAUCUACAAGACAGUUCUAUGUUCAUGUGUACAGUAGUACCACUAAUGUACAUAGGAACUGUAUGUGACAUGUGAGGGCUUUGUACAUAAGUGUUGAGUGCAGGGAAACAGUUAUUCCAUGCCUAUUUCCAAUUGGUGUAGGUCAUUUUGCAGUGUUAUGGUCAAAUACAGUUCGUAAUUAGAUUAAGCUGUUAAGAAUUUUUAUAUAUUACGUAAACAUGGACAAAAUCAAUAUGCAGUAUUUGUAGUUGUUUCUCAUAAAUAUUUGUGUUUUGUUUGGAAUAUCUGUUGUAUGUUUGACUUCUUUUUUAUAUUUUUUUCUUUCUUUUUUGCAUGUGGAGUUGAGUUACAUUUUAUAAUGUAUUUGUGAACCUCUAAGGAUAUUUGUUGUCAUGAUUUUGUUAAGAUUUUAUACGGAAUUGGAACACUACAGACAACUGUGAUUUAAACCAAAAUAAAUACAGUGUCACUCCACACACUCCGGAGAUACACAAUAACAUCAAUGGCUUUCAUCUCCCAAUGUAGCAGAAAUUAGGUCCCCGCAAAGUGUAGAACUAUUAAAAUAUUUGUGCAGCUUAGUGAAAAUGGAUUUAGAUAGUGCCUUUAUUUUUGCAUUAAUAGGUAGUGUGGCAGAAUACAGUAUCUGAGUUUGUUGCUUUCCCAUUGUUCCCUGCAACACAUACCCUAUAAAUCCCCUCCAGUGUUUUGUAAUGGAAUCUUCCUAUAUAGAAGUAGCGAUAUUACUGUUGCUCAAUGUGCCAUAUAUGUGUUUCUAGGUCUUGUUUUUACACAUAUUUUGAGUUCAAAUAAGUGCAUAAAUGCUAGCAUUACAGAAAUAACAUGAAUGCAUUCAAUCAGAAAUUAUACCUUCACAAUUCACUAAGGCCCAAAGAAAAGUGGCUUUUGUUUGUAUUAAUUUUCAUGAUAUGCAAGGAUUGCAUACAUAAGAUGGAGGAGCAUUUUCAGGAACCCCUUUGAACCUUUCUCAUUGGAUUGUGCAUGCUGCUCAAUCUAGGAGGGAUGUCAGCUGCUACAAAUGGAUGUUGACAAUUAAUUGCAUUCCAAUUUUGGAAAGAGCUCUUAUACCUGGGAAAUGUUAGUACCUUGUAGUAUAUGCUACCCCCCACCCUCAUUUUUUUUUUCUUCUUUUCUUUUCUUUUUUUCCCUCUUAAAUGAGCUCUGAUCAACACACUCAAAGUCAGAGCAUGUCAACACUAUUUGAGGCAGGAACUAGACAUGGCACAUAGAAUGGUUUCAAGGGGACUAUAUCUGUUUAGCUGCUUAAUUCUAGAAGGUAAUUCUGAGCAGUAUGCCAGGAAUUUCUCUACUUUUUCCCCAUUAUUUUUCCACACCCUUAUCCAUAAUGUAGACAGAGUGUAUGCCAGUAUGUGUUUGCUUAAAUGAUAGGUUUCCUUUUACCAGAACAGAGUUGUGCAGACCUCCAAGGUUGCACAACUUUACUCAUGUGUACUUAGAGUGUGCUGUUAUAGGACUGGUAUAUAUGUGACAGAUAAAGAUACUAAAUAAAUGACUGGUUAGUACAUUGCUGCAAGAGUUAUAGAUGUUUUUCAUGUUCCUAAGAACCACAAUUUAAAUUGGAAACAUGUCAAUGAAGAUUGAAUCCCUUCAAAGUUUGCAUAAACUGAUGGUGAGAGAUGUGUGAACUUUGGUUACAAAGCUGGGCAUGAAAGCAGAUUCUGUGGCACACUCCUAAUUGAGGAACCACAUGUUUGUUUAGUAUCUUUACUUGCAACAGUUGUGUGUAUCCUUAACAAUCCUGUGAGUGAGUUGGUGUAAGAAGCAGCCAGUGGUUGAUUAUAAUACAGCUGGUAUUUUAUCAUACAUCUUUCAGAAAAACACUAAGAAAACUACUUCUAUUUUCCUGGGCAUGUAGUGCGAAAGUUUGAAAAAUGUAACACUUUGUUGUGUCUUGAUCUCAGCAUGAUAUCAUAUGUUACCCUUUGUAAUUAGUGAUCAGUCUUGAAGCUUAAGUUUAAUACCUGGUUUAUAAUCAGGAAUAUUUUAUAUUGAAAUAAAAAGUAAUUAUUUUGUUAGGGUAUAAACCUAUGUAAGUGCUGAGGUUCAAGGUGGAGGUGUAGUAUACCCAGGCCCCUGUCAUACCUCAGGCUAGCUUAUUGCAAUACUCUCCUGGGUGUUUGUUGUCCAGCGGGAUUAAACAUAUAAUUUGUAUUAUGACAAAACCAAACACACAGGUAUUGUUUUGCAAUAAAAUUCUUUCCAUGUGUGUUGUUUAAAUUCAGCACACAACAGUAGUCUUGGAGAUGGAUCAUAAGCAAGUUGUUGAUAGUGGAAGCCAACAUUAUAUUCAUGAAUAUAUACCAUUUCAUCAUUGAGGGCUUAUGUACUGCUCUGGUCAUAUUGACUUGAACAUAUUCUGUUUGUAUUGUCAGAACAAUUAAUACAAUUGGCUCAUAGCAUUAAAUUUCCAGUCUUUUGAUCAUGGGCGGUGGAGCCAGUAGAUACAGUUUCCACUUAAGUCACAUAUCGUUGUAGCGUAGAUAUUUACCGAAAGUCAACAUACCGAUGAAGUAAUUCAUCCCCAGGACUAUCCUGAGGCCUUGCGUGAUGGAGAGUGGCAGUGCAGGGGUCCUCAGUAAGAACACGUAUUGCAAAGAUGGUGACAUGGGUACUACACAUUCUCCUAGGUGUAGAGUGGUGGGUCAUUUAUGAUGUGCACUGUAUAAGGGCCUAGAAUUGUAUAUACAAUAAAAUCCUGAAGUCA